AUGCGGGAAAUCUUGUAUAUUCAGGCCGGGAUGCUCUCCAACUAUGUAGGAACUCAUUUCUGGAAUACUCAAGAGGCCUAUUUGUCCGACGAAACUGACGAUGCGACCCAAAUUUCUCAUGUGACGUCCUUUGGGGAAGAAUACAGCCGACAGGGAGAGCUUACAUGUGUUCCGAGAUUGCUCGCCUUCGAUAAGAAGAGCAACUUUGGGGCUGUAGCCAGUACUCACGUCAUCCAUGACGCAAACCCAAACAAUCCCUCUGUAGAGGAUGAUCUAGAAACGGAUGGUGGCGUAUUGGAAUACAGACAAGACCUGAUUACUCCCAGAAAGAUCGACGACGAGGACAGCACGGAGGCACCUCAGGGCGAUGAAGUGUCAUUAGGCAAUGAGCGCCACCGUGAGCCCAUCAGAUACUGGUCGGAUUUCAGUCGUGUCUAUUAUACCCGUAAGUCUAUCCAGAUGGUCCCCCAGACCCUGGAUUGGGAGUCCACGGAAGGAGACUGGAAGCAGGGAGAACAGUACUUCAGGCAGUUUGAUGAGGACGCUUCUCUUUUGGAAGGCUCUGUUAGAUUAUUUCUUGAAGAGUCUGAUUCUGUCCAGGGGGUACAAGUUUUAAAUGAUACGGCUAGCUUUGGUCCCUUCAUGCACUCGCUCCUCACGGCACUACACGAUGAUAUGCUGAAAAUCCCAUGUUUGGUCUUUCCUUUGCUCUCCGAUCCCUAUGGAUGGAAAAUUGAUGUCGAGGACCGCAGAGGAACGAGAAGAUUGAUCAAUGACGCGCUCUAUCUGCGCGGGUUAAGCGAGACCGCGUCUCUCACAGUUCCCAUACAAUCUCCUUCUGUGUGGGCCCAUUACGAAGCCUCACCACAGCUCAAAACCCAAAAUGAUCUUUACCAUACAUCUGGAAUAAUUUGCGCGCACAUAGAAAGCUCGACCCUUCCGUUGAGAUUGCGCAAAACUGCGGAUUCCAUAUCCAGCUUCUGCUCUCAACUGAACGUCCGUGGACCCCCCUACGCCGAGAUAUGCGGAAUUACGACUAUAACAUCUGCCGAACAGGACCUGAAAAGCAAUAUAUUCAACUUCUCCGACAUGGAGAGGUUCGAUACUCGUCGCCAGUACUCCCGCCGCGAUGUGACCCGAGGAUUCACAACCCACAGUCUCGGGGCAUAUGAUCAGUGGUCCGCGCGGUCAUCCCUGCACGACAUGUUUAUCACACGCACGCACGCGCCCGCGUACCCAGUACCACCGGCACUCGUGCCCCAAAGCCCCUUAUCUUGGUCACGUUCCGGUCCCACGCCCGUAGAAACGUUCUCUUCGGUUUCAACAUCUAGCGGUACUGCGCGUAUGUUUGCCGACUACGCCAAAUUUGUCGACUCAACGCUCCGAAGACGGACCCUGGAUGUCGUCGUUCCUGAUGACAUUGACGAUCUUAAGGAGCUUGCUAACGACCUGUGGACGGUCUGUGACAGUCUAUCGAAAGAGAGCGAGGAAGAAGAGUCUGGUACGGAUUCUGGCCUUCUUGGCGAAGAUGAAGAGCUGUGAAUAACCAGCGGUAACCGCAUGUGUGCACUAGUUUUUUUGCGCGGUGAGUCGUCCCCAAAAACCGUUCACAUGGGCCCCUCCCCCUCCCCGACCAUUUUCCCCUAACGCGUACCUAACAAGGCCAACCUUCGCUUAAUGACCGUUGUAUGUCAGUGAUGGUUUUCCCCGGUAAUACACGCACCAAGGUUUUUUUGCUUGUCCCUUGGCUCUCGACUCGCAUGUAGCCGGUUACAUGGCAUCAAGACAAGAUACGAGGUACAUCCGCUUUAACUGAUCCAAAUCUCCAACAAAGUUUUCCGCCAUCAGAAUACCGAACGGUCUCCUCCCAAUCGCCAUCCCAUACAUUGGUUCCGC